AUGAAAGUGCUGCCAUCCCCCGACUCCACAGAGCCAGAUCCCUCUGCAUCUCCACCGCAUCGAAGUGCCGCAUCUCUCACUCAAGAAAGUCGUAUCACCCCAAUCAACACUUGUGACCAUCCCCCCAUUUCCUUCUCGCCCUGCCUGAAACACGCCUUACCCAACUCUGCUGACUUGCUCGAACCCACGUCUGAUCAUCAUUCUAAUUCAACCCCUUUCUUGCUGCAGCUUGAUGGAUGGAUCAUGGGACCCAAACAUGAGCUCCUUUUCUGGGUACCUCCCGGGGCCGCUUCCCGACGCUUGUUUUAUUCUCCCGACAUUGCAAUAGUGAUUCCGAGAGGAGGCGUUGAGCUUGACUUGAGCCGCAUGGCACAUGGGACGCGCUGGUCGAAUUGCCGAGGCGCCUCCACGUAACGAUGAUUUUAUUGCUGCAAUAUCGAGUGUACAAUUUUAUUCUAUGAUUCCCUUCCUAUUUUAUACCUAGCACCGAUCCUGAAUUUAUGAUUGUCCGACUGAA